CGCGUGCGCUAUCUCGCAGUCAUGACGUCGAUGUUAAAGUGCAAUAGUUGUAAUAUAGUAGUCAACGAGUUGCUAGCGUUUGUACAAAACAAGCUGUGUGUGAUGGAUGAGGACAGUUUGUACAGGAUUUGUGUGUCUUCGUUCUCCACAGAAGACAUAACUAAAUCGAAAGGUCUAUUGUUUGCGGCUACGGAUACGAGUGUAAACAAAAUCAACAGAAGAGGUCAAAAUAAAGAACAACGCGAUAUGGAGGAUAUUAUUGCGCUUCUCAAAUGUACAGAAACAGAAAAAAUACCGGUCUUUGUGGCUCGUGACCUUCACCGGCUGCCUCCGGUAACGUUUGAUUCAGUUGACGUUACGUGUUUGCUGAGGGACAUCAACCAACUAAAAUCUGAUUUAAAGAUCAUCAAACUAAAUUAUGUCACGCAUGAUCAGUUAGACGAAGUGAAGAACGAAAUUGGCCAAACGAAAAAUCAUGUUCGCAGGAUGACGACGCCGUUUUCAAACGUUAAUCAGUCAAUUUCAAAUUUAAACGUCAACUGUAGGAGAGGUGCAUACUUAGAUAGCGGUCCGAUGGGGUUCUCGCAUUUCGAAAUCGACCGAUCACGAAUAACGGAUGACAACCCGUCUCACUUAACCAGCGGGGAAAACAUCGCACUAUCUCUCUCUCCCCCGCACGUACAACACAGUGAAGUAUUAACGAGCUCCCACUCUAACGCAGUGAAUCCCGAGGUGCGGUCUCUUUCUACGACACCUGACGUUUCUAAACAGUCGACCGAUCGCUCGGACGGUGUACAGAAUGCGACCCCGGCCCCGUCUCUUUCUAAACCUGAGCGUGUGAGUGAGACACCGAAAACUGAGAGUUGCGAUGACAGCAAGAUGGCGACGAGUGGCCAAAACUACAACCUGGCCUGCAAAGUUAGUCAAGAUAACGUAAAUACUAUAAAUAUUUUAAAUUCGCAACUAGUAGAAUCGGUACAGAGUGAGAUCGAGCGUAGACCAACUAUGGCAGAGAUGGUGAAAGACGGCGUCUGGGAACAGGCGCAAUCACGUAAACGAGUGGCAAAACAAAGGAAGAAACAAAACCGCUUCGUGGGACAGCGGGGCAGAGCAGACGCCAUGCAGCAAGGGAAAUUCAAAGCAGCUGAGCUGACGAUACCGUUGUUUAUAUCUAAUGUUCACAAGGACACGUUGGAGGAUGAUAUCGUUGAACACAUUAGAGUGAAAACAAAUACUACAGUCAAAUUACUGAAGAUUAACAUGCUAGAUAAACAAAAGAAUCACAAUGCCUACAAACUAUACGUGCCGAGCGAUAAAAUGAGAAUAUUCCUCGAUGCCAAGACUUGGCCUGAAGGCAUUAUAUUUCGUCGCUUUGUGCAUUUCAAGCACAGAAAUACAAACAGAGGCAACUCUGAGGGAGAGAACACUGUGACGUAAUAUUUAUGGGAAAUAGUAGAACGUGUACAUUUAUAAGUUUUAAUUGCAAGAGCGCAAAAAGGUCGGUAGAUAACAUACGUGGAUUAUGUGCAUUUGCGGAUAUCAUCGGAAUCCAGGAGACGUGGCUGCUCCCAAAUGACAUACCGUUUCUUUCCACCAUACAUGAGGACUUCGCCUAUACAGCUACGUCUGCCGUUGACACCUCGGCUGGGAUACUCAGAGGAAGACCUCACGGCGGCGUCGCGUUGCUAUGGAGAAAGAGUCUGUUUCCCUCGGCGAGUGUAGUGGAGUGUAACAAUAAUAGGAUUUGUGGUAUUCAAAUUAAUGUAGGUUCUAAACGUGUUGUGAUAUUCAGUGUGUAUAUGCCAACCGAUUCUGCUGAAAACUUACCAAUCUUUGUGGAGUGUGUGAGUACUUUACAUGCUAUUAUCGAGGACAGUGAGGUAGACGCUGCUUAUCUAUUAGGGGAUUUCAAUGCCCACCCUAAUGAACCCUUUCACAAUGAACUUAUGAAUUUUUGUGGGGACAGUCAGUGGAUCUGUGCAGACCAAGAAAUGCUUGGGCUCGACUCUGGUACCUAUACAUAUGUGAGUGACAGUCAUGGAUGUGAGCGCUGGCUGGACCACUGUGUGGUGACUCAGGCGGCCUGGUCUACUAUUUCUAAAAUAUAUGUAAUGUAUAAUGUUUAUUGGUCUGACCAUUUCCCACUAGUCAUUGAAUGUAACUUGGAUGUAACUCAUUCAAAAAUAUAUAAUUGUAAUGUUGAUAGGUCAAAAGUUUUCUGGGGUGACAAACAACCUAGUGAUAUUAUCAAAUAUGAAUGUAAAUGCAAUGAUUUGCUAAAAGUUAUUGACUUUCCUACACAGCUCAGUGAAUGUGCAGAUAGCUGUUGUAAUGUCAGUAGUGACAACUUGCAUAGGGAAGUUAUUAAUAAGUUGUAUAGUGAUAUUAUUUGUGCCCUUAGUUCGGCCUCAGUAUUAUGUAAAAAUGACUUGCAGAAUAGGAAGAAUAAACAUAUAAUGGGUUGGAAUAAACAUGUGGGUGAGGCUCACAGAGAGGCCAGGUUUAGAUUUCAGAUCUGGGUGGCUAGCGGUAAGCCCCGUUCUGGUCAAUUAUAUGAUUCCAUGUGUGUAAGUCGCAAAGUUUUUAAAGCCAGAUUAAAAUGGUGCCAGCAACAUCAGGACCAAAUUAAAUUGGACCGGUUGGCUUCUUAUCAUGGUAAAAAUGAUUUUCGAAAUUUUUGGAAGAGUACUAACAGAUUAAAUUACAGGCCGGGGCUCUCUGUGAGUAUUGAAAAUGAGACCAAUCCUGUAAAAAUAGCCAACUUGUUUAUGAAUUAUUUUUCUGUCAAGUCACCCCUUAGUGCAGAACCCCGAAGGGAGGUGGUAGGGUCAGCUGGGUCUGUGUGUACUACUAAAAUUACAGCAAAUCAAGUAAAUAAAGCAAUUAAAAAUAUGAAGAGGGGCAAGUCCCCUGGGCAUGAUGGGCUAAGCAUCGAGCAUCUGCAACAUGCCGGGCCACAUCUGCCCAGGGUUCUUGCCAUGUUCUUCUCACUUUGUAUCAGCCAUGCUUACCUACCACCCGAUAUGAUUCGCACUGUGGUUGUUCCUAUUGUAAAAAAUAAGACAGGUGACAUAGCGAAGCUGGCCAAUUAUAGACCAAUUUCUCUAGCGACUGUGGUGGCUAAAGUGUUUGACGCGGUGCUUGAUGCUCAGCUUGAUAGAUAUAUACAAAUCAGUGAUGCGCAGUUUGGGUUUCGGCCCAAACUAUCUACCGAGAGCGCGAUACUGAGCCUCAAGCACACCGACGAAUACUAUACACUCAGGAAGACUCCUAUAUAUGCAUGUUUCCUGGAUCUCUCCAAGGCGUUCGAUCUGGUUAACUAUGAGCUCUUGUGGGCCAAGUUAGAAGAGGCGGGGGUCCCUAUGGAUAUUGUGCAUAUACUUAGGAGUUGGUACUUGUGUCAAGUUAAUGUUGUCAGAUGGGGAAAAGACAUGUCAGAGGAAUACAGGUUGGAGUGCGGAGUGAGACAGGGUGGGAGAACGUCUCCUAAGCUCUUCAACCUGUACAUAAAUGCUCUCAUCGAGGAACUCAGCAGCAUUCAUGUCGGCUGUCAUAUUAGCGGUGUAUGUAUGAAUAAUAUUAGCUAUGCAGACGACAUGGUGCUGUUGAGUCCCUCACCAGGAGGGCUUGAAAUAUUGUUAAAACUAUGUGAGAAAUAUGCAUGUAAACAUGGCCUGAGAUAUAAUGCUAUUAAAAGUGAACUUAUGGUUUUUAAGUCUGGGACCAAAAGUCCAUCUGUUGUACCACCGCUAUAUCUAAAUGGCACACCCCUUAAACGAGUGACAUGUGUAAAGUAUUUAGGCCACUUAGUCAAUGAAAAUUUGCGUGACGACGCAGAUAUAGAUAGGGAACGUAGGGCGCUGGCGAUAAGAGCGAAUAUGAUAGCACAUAGGUUCAGAGGCUGUACAGCUCAGGUCAAAAUUACACUCUUUAGAGCCUACUGUACCUCUCUUUAUAGCUGCAGCUUAUGGGCUAAUUACUCGCAAAGAUCGAUCAGCGCCCUACGGGUUCAGUUCAACAACGCCUUCAGGGUGCUGUUGCGUCUGCCACGCUUCUGCAGCGCGUCAGGCAUGUUCGCGGACGCACAGGUAGACAGUUUCUCUGCUACAAUAAGAAAGCGUGCCGCCGCGACGCGUCGCAGAGUGCUUGACAGUAGCAACAGUAUCCUGAGUGUGAUAGCGGGUAGGCCCGAUAGUCGCUAUAUGCAGCACUGGUCGAACUUGCACCGUUCCUUAGCUCCUUAUGAAAUGUAGUAGUUAGAUACCUAAUAAGUUUGAGUAAGUACUAACAUAGUCUUAAACAAGUUCCUGCAUGUACACGUUCGACUAACCUUUUUGUUAUGGAUUUUUGUGGUCCGAAAUAAAUGAUUUUUAUUUUUA